AAACACGUGUCUUUGCAGUGAAUAUACGGUUUGAUUGUCUGUCAGUUGUGUUGUGUCGGCAAUAAUGAGCAGACCUUCGGUGCGGCCAAUGGUGUGGAAUCGGGUCCCGGAGUCGGUGUCUUCGGUGAAGGGUCUGAUGGGAUCAGUGGUCGAGUUCAGGGAGUUGUCGGGCAAUGGAGUGAUUGGAAGUGUCGGCAAAUACACCAACCAUUGCAUUGAGUUGAGGGACGCGUCCAUUGCGGCCACCGGUCGUCACAAACACUCAUAUUUCGGUGAUUAUCGCAUAUUUGACUACGAGAUCAAGAAGUGGAGACUCAAAGAGUUCCGUAAACCUGUCAUCAAUACCACAAACCAUCAUAACUCCAACGGUGAUGACCAGAUCCCUAAUGACAUGACAUCGAAAGUGAUUCUUCCGUCUCGUCGUACGAACGGUUCCGUUGACGCCGAAGACGAUGAGCCGGAGAUUAAUGAAGCGGAAGACAUGCUUGUUGUGAACCCCGACCUCCACUCAAUUGAUCUCAACGAAGACGACACUCCCAUUCGUGUCGAUUGUCGAGAUCUCACUCUCAAGACAUCCGAUGAACUCAUACUCGUCGACCCAUUGGCUGAUAAUUUCAUGACAAUCAUUGAGACUAUAAAGGGAUCGCAUUGUAUUGGACUCGAGCUGUUUGGCCAAGAAAUCAGUCGCUUGGGAUCAGUUGUGUGGAUGUGUUUGGCGACCGGAGAUGGCAUUUAUGUGUUUGACGCGCGUAAUAAAGCCAUAGUUAGUGCUCUGAAAGGACCGCUCGAAUCAAAAGAGUUGCAAAAAUAUUUAUCGGUAAAAGUGCCGCAACUCUACGAUAAACCAGAUUUCGGGCAAUUUUCGAUUCGAGUCCAAAAUGUGAUCAGAUUUAAGACCGUUUUCUUGAGACAACUCUACGCUCUUAUCAAUUAUCUAAUGCUUGAGGACUUGUAUAUAAUGACUACACGUUGUGUCAGGUCUUUGCGAUCGGCUAACGAUCUAACGUUUAGUAUUCUUAGAGCCGAUGAGAUUAUGAACGGUAUGUUCGAAGAGCCCAUCAAUGAGUCCGAGCGCACAGAACGCCGACCCAUCGGAGUUCCCGGAGUUUUCAUAUGA